GUUCAUUCACCUAUUUAAACACUUAUAUCCCGCCUUUCCUCGCGGUUCAAGGCAGCUUAAAAUAAAGUCCCAAAUGUAGAAGGUUUGCCUUGAAGAUGCUACGAGGCUCGAGUUAAUGUAGAUUGGUUCGCGAAAUAGAAAGGAGGGACAAUUUAAACACACAACAGGCCCUACAAGAAAGAAAGAAAGAAAGAAAGAAAGAAAGAAAGAAAGAAAGAAAGAAAGAAACCCUCCGCCCUUGUAUUUUCUGCCUCCUUACCUGGCUGAAGAGAAAACAGGGGUUCGCAUGAGUCGGGAAUGCGUAUACGCCCCAUUGGGCUCCGCCUCCCAAUGAAAGCACCUGACUGAGGAAAUCCCGCCCCCUAUAACGGUUCUUGAGCAGAUUUUCAUCAGUUAUUGGGUGGGUUUGUUCCUGUCAUUCUCUCAGUCGCCUCUAACUAAGACAGGAUCUUUAUAUCUUAAAAAAACCAGCUAAAAAGUGAAAAGGAAGCUGAGUGGGCUGCAAUCAAGUAGCUUCACGAACACCUACAAGCAAUACAAUCCAGGAGACCAGUCAGUAGUUACCAAAAUGCAAAAGAAAUACUGGAAAACCAAGCAAGUCUUAAUUAAAGUUACCGGAAAGAAAGAAGAUGAACAUGUGGUAGCAUCUGAUGCAGAGUUAGAUGCCAAACUCCAGGUUUUUCAUACUAUUCAGGUGACCUGCACAGAACUUCUAAAGACAAUUGAAAAAUACCAGCAAAGACUUAAUGCAAUUUCUGAGCAAGAAAAUGAGCUAGGGCUCUUCUUUAAGGUUCAAGCAGACCGAGGCGAAGUUCAAAUUGGCAGAAUGAUUGACGCAACGGGCAAAGCCCUCUGUUCAUCUUCCCAACAAAGGCUGGCUCUCUGCACCCCUUUAUCUCGCCUUGGAAAAGAACUUGCCACGUUUCAUCAGAGGGCUGUAUCUGACACCUUAUUAACAAUCAAUCGAAUGGAGCAGGCGCGCACAGAAUACAGAGGGGCUUUAUUGUGGAUGAAGGAUGCUUCCCAGGAACUGGACCCAGACACUCACAAGCAAAUGGAGAAGUUCAAAAAAGUUCAGAUACAAGUAAGAAGCGCCAAAACUGAGUUUGAUAAACUGAAGAUGGAUGUUUGUCAGAAGGUCGACCUUCUUGGAGCCAGCCGCUGUAAUAUGCUAUCACACUUCCUUGCGAUCUACCAGACAGCUUUUUUGCAUUUCUGUGAAAAGUCUGCUGAAAAGAUGUCUGAAAUUUAUGGAUGCUUUGCUUGUUUUCACUCAAACUAUUUUGAGGCGUCUGAGUUGCAAGCACCUAACCAAUCCACUACAGAAAAUAAGGAAGAUGCAACUUCUGCAGACCUUGAAAAGCUGGUUUUACUGAAUGAUGAAGAUGCUUCUCUUGCUGUGUCAGAUCUGUCCUAUGCUACAUUUUGUUCUGGUAUUACCAGAACAGAAGAUGCAAAAGAGGAUCCCUGGCAGAGUAGUAAGUUUGGAGAUACCCAAGCAUGCAUCCCUGAGAAAGAAGAAUUACUGCCAACAGAGUCUGUUGAAGAAUUUUUUUUGAGAGAGUUGUCUUUUCUGGAGAACUUAUCAAGCUCCUAUUCUUCAAGCACUGGAAAUAGAGCACAGCAAAGCCAAAAAGUGGUUGACAGCCCUUGUAUGGCUCCCCCUAUUGAGGUACCUGUUACAGAAGUCGAAUCCUUAACAAACUCAUCUGGAUUCCUCCCUUCCCAACUCCUUGAGCUAGGCCUUGAUGCUGCUGGGGGAUUAAAUAUGGAAGCUAGUAGCCGAGACAUGUCAAUGUGGUUCAGUGCUCUUGUGGACUUGGAUCCUCUUUCAAAUCUAGAUGCCAUUGGACGUUCAGACGAUGAACUCCUCACCGCAUGAUUAAGAAUGAGAAGUGGAAGAGUUUGCAGCAAUCUUGGAAGAUGACCAGGCAUCCGUUGAACACCUAACCAGAUGGACUGAAAUAUGUCAUCUUACAUCGUUCUGUCUUUUUAGCCUCAAGCACCUGAUUGUGUAAAAUAGCUCUCUCGUUCCUAGGAAUUAAGUUUAAGGUUAUAAUCAGAAUACCAUUUUUGUUGCAUUUAGUUUAAUUUCACUAUCGUUCCCCACUGUCCUGUUACUAAUCUUCCCAUCUUUGCUGUAUACACAUGGGUCUUUCUCAUGGAGUCCUCUCAGCUUUUGGUCCUUAAUAAAAGCAGAAUUUGUAUAGUUGCACCUUGGUAGCCAUUAUUCUUUUCUUAUAA